GUAAGUUCGGUAAAUUUUAUAAGGAAUAGAAAUUUUAGUUUUCUUUUUCAGAUUAGAGAAACAGUUUGAACAGUUUUAUGAGUUUUGGUGGUGUUAAACAAGGUUGGGAAAUGGAGAAGAGGAUGGAUAAACAUGUGAAAAACCCUUCAACAACUGUGGAUAACACGACUCCAAAUCGUAAAAAAGAGCUUUCACUGGUUUGGGACCAUUUCAAGAAGACUAAGGACGCUCAAGCAGCGAUUUGCAACAGAUGUGGUAAGCUCUAUAAAACUUCCGGGAACACUAGCAAUCUAUUGGAUCAUUUAAAACGAGCACAUCCCGAAUAUCUGGAGGCUGGCAAGGUUGCUUCUACGACUUGUUUGGAUCGGUUCCUAAAGACUGACCUCACCUAUCAAAAUGGAUCAGCAAAAAAAACGGAGCUGGACAAGGCAGUAAUGAGAAUGAUCGCGGUGGAUGUCCAACCUUUUUCUAUUGUAGAAGAUAGGGGAUUCUGUGACUUAGUUCGAAAACUAGACCCGAGGUACAAGCUACCCAGUAAAACCCAUCUCAGGAAUGUUGUUCUGCCACGUGACUAUGAAUGUUUGAAAUUAAAGUUAAAGGAGGAUUUAAAUUACGUUGACAAUGUAUCCAUAACUACUGAUUGUUGGACCUCGCGUGCUAAUGAAGGAUAUCUCACUAUAACGUGCCACUUCAUUAACGAACGUUAUGAACUAAAAUCAGCAGUUUUGUCCACGCAAAAACUAGUAGAUGCAACUAACCACUGCGCAAGUAAUAUUGCCGACUCACUCAGCGCCGUUCUUAAUGAAUGGAACCUUUUAAAUAAGGUAGUAACGAUUGUAACAGACAACGACGCGUCUAUGAAAAAAGCGUGCGAAAUAAUGAGAAUCAAACAUUUGCCAUGUGUCUCGCAUACUAUUAAUCUUUUGGUGCAAGAUCUCCUGAAAACAGAUUCAAUAGUACCCUUACUAGCAAAGUGUAAGAGGAUCGUAGCGUUUUUUAAAUCGAGUUCAAUCGCAACAGAAAAACUAAAAAAUGCACAAACUUCAGAGUCACGCUAUGGACUUUUACAAGAAGUUCCAACGCGUUGGAAUAGCGCAUACUUUAUGAUUCAACGGAUUAUUUUGGUAAAUGACUCGAUUUCUGCAGUGCUUCUAAACUCAACCAAGGCUCCAAGUCCAUUAUCAGCCGACGAAAUGAUUAUUUGA